AUGGCAAUUAUCUACCUACUAAUAAUUAAAACCAAUGGUUUACAUUUAAAAAAUGGGACAGAAAUAGACGCAAAUGAGAAAGGUUCACAUUUAAAAUAUGAACAUGUGAAAAAAGUUUGCUCGGAAAGGGUCCAGAUUUGCAAAAGCAACGAUACAGUGGUGUGUACGAAGAGGAUUUUUGGCGGGAAAAUGGAGUAUAAGGAUUUUGAAAACUCAUGUUUUCUAUUUUUGAACAAUAUGUGCAAUGAUUUCGGAAGAGAAUAUUCCAUAGUGUCAUCCGGAACUUGUAAACAACACUUCAAUUCAAGAAGGCAUUAUCAUACUUCUCAUGAUAAGACAACUAUAAGUCAUUUUGCUAGUACAAAGAAAUCUCUUCGGACUGAGGCCUACAACUUCAGCGCUUUGUACGAGGUGGAUACAGCAUUCGACCUACACACCUGCCCGCUCUCCUGUCCGUCUGUUUAUAGUCCGGUCUGUGUGAACGUGAAUCGGGGCCAUGGCCUGUACUUCAAGUUGUUCACCUUUGUGAACCAUUGCGUUGCGGAUCUCUAUUACUGCAAGCAUUGGGAAGAAUUUAGUCCACCGCCGGGUGAAAACGAGAUUGUCAGGAGUUCCCAACUGAGCUGGUCCUUAUGUGCUGCCAAUCGAUACAUCCAGUUCGCGAGGUUCACGGAAAUGACGUCAUCUAUGGGGCAUUACGGGUGGUUGGCUGGAGACUACAGACCAUCUUAUAUCCUGAAACCCCACGAAAGAAAGCCCGGGUAUGGUUAGCAAAAAGGUACAAAUGUAAGCAGCUAUACUCUAUCCGCGGAAAGUAGUAUAGCGCUUUCUCUGUUACGUAAUUCCAUACAAAUGAUAGGGACAAAAAUUUCAGUGGGCGCUAACCAUUUUAAGUCACAAUCGAAACUAUAUAAGUAUGUUAUCUAAUUGAAUUGAGGUUUUUUGGAUACAUGUUUGUGAUUGAUUGAUUAGUGACUCAAAAUGGUUAGCGUAG